AUGUCAUCGCACGCUAACGAUCCCCGUCAGCCAUCGGCGGCUAGACCCUACGUGGCGCCUCAGAUUGCGCCGCAGGACCUGCCAAUCGACUACGCUGGUUUCAUCGCCGUCAUAUUUGGCGUCGCCGGUGUCAUGUUUAGGUACAAAUUGAGCUCGUGGCUGGCGCUCAUAUUCUGCGCGCAAUCUGUCGCGAACAUGAGGAAUGUCGAGAACGAUCUCAAACAAGUUAUGAUGGCUAUGAUGUUUUCUUUAAUGGGAUUGAUAACAAACUACUUUGGACCUCCUAGACCCGGCAAACAAAGCUGA